AAUCUUCGUUCUCCACCGUACGUCGUAGAUAGGAUCGGCGGUGGCUUUUCAAGAUGCCGUCGAACGGAGAUCUGGACCGUCAGAUCGAGCAGCUGAUGGAGUGUAAACCGUUAUCAGAGGCGGAUGUGAGGACGCUUUGCGAUCAAGCGAGAGCGAUCCUUGUCGAGGAAUAUAAUGUUCAGCCGGUGAAGUGUCCUGUUACCGUUUGCGGUGAUAUUCACGGCCAGUUUUAUGACCUUAUUGAGCUCUUUCGAAUCGGUGGCAACGCUCCUGAUACUAACUACCUCUUCAUGGGAGACUAUGUAGACCGUGGCUACUAUUCAGUAGAGACAGUUUCUCUAUUGGUGGCACUGAAAGUGCGAUACAGGGAUAGAAUUACAAUCUUACGUGGGAAUCACGAGAGUCGUCAGAUUACUCAAGUCUAUGGUUUUUAUGACGAAUGCUUGAGGAAGUACGGAAAUGCAAAUGUCUGGAAGUAUUUUACAGAUCUUUUCGAUUAUCUUCCUCUUACCGCCCUCAUCGAGAGUCAGGUUUUCUGUUUGCAUGGAGGGCUUUCACCUUCUCUGGAUACUCUUGAUAAUAUCCGAAGCUUGGAUCGGAUACAGGAGGUUCCACACGAAGGACCUAUGUGUGAUUUAUUAUGGUCUGAUCCCGAUGAUCGAUGUGGAUGGGGAAUAUCUCCACGAGGUGCUGGUUAUACAUUUGGACAGGAUAUCGCAGCUCAAUUUAAUCACAACAAUGGACUCAGUCUCAUAUCAAGAGCGCAUCAACUAGUCAUGGAAGGUUUUAACUGGUGUCAGGAUAAGAAUGUGGUGACUGUGUUUAGUGCACCAAACUAUUGCUACCGAUGUGGAAACAUGGCAGCGAUUCUAGAGAUAGGAGAGAACAUGGAGCAAAACUUCCUCCAGUUCGAUCCAGCUCCUCGACAAGUUGAACCUGAUACUACCCCCAAAGAAAAGGAAAUUACCUUGCACCGGACUGCUGAAAGAGCUCACAAAGAAGCUGUGGAGGCUACAACACUAGAAUAUGUAGCCUCACUUGGGUACUAUAUCGCAGCAGAGACAGAAUUCAAUACUAUCAUAGAGAAUGGUAGUUUGCUUCCAGAAUCUGUGAGAGUUGAAGUCUACCGACGGCUUGGCCAUGCGUAUCUUUGGCUUGCUAUUCACUUGUCUGAAGAAAACACAACCGCUCUUGCACCUCAUGUAUUAAUGAGGGGCAUUAGUGAUGAUUCUUCUCCUUGUCUAUCAGCCAUUAAUGCUUUAAGAGGGGCAUUAGCUUCGUACGAAUCUGUUGGGGAAGUCGGUAAAAACGAAGUCGCAUACGCUUACUAUAGAAGAGAUUUUCUGGCGGUUGAAAUUCAAAUUCGGAGGAAGAAACAAAAAAUGGAGCUGCUCAAGUUGUCAAAAUUCAAAUUGCAGCUUCAGUCAAUGAUCGGAGAAGUGCGAGAUCUUCGUGAAAGGGAGCGAUCAGUCACAGAUCACAUUAAUCUUGCGAAUCAGAAACAGAAGCAAACGGAGGAGGAAUACAUCAGAAAAGUGCAGGAGCUACAAGCUGAGUUAGCUUCUUCUAGAGAAACACAGGAGGCACUUGAGAGAAAGGUGAGUUAUCUUCAGAACGACUAUAGUUUGCUGGAAAACAAGCAGAGUGAAUUGAAGACAACUAUCCAAAAUCUGCUUCAAUCACGAGAAAGCUUCUUAAAUGCUUACCAGGAGUCGUUUUGUGAAAUGAAAUGUUCAAUUGAAGCCAGGGAUAGGAAGAUUUCCAUCCUACAUGAGAAGAUAACCUCUCAUUUAGCAUUGUUUGAUUCGAUUGAGAAAGAGGCAUCGGUCAAAGAUUUAGCUGUAGAGAACUUAAUUUCUGAAAAAGAGGCAUUGUAUUCUGAAGUGAAGGGUUUAGAGAUGAUUUUACAGCGGAUUCAGGAGUCUGUAUCCCUUAUGACUGAAGAGGAUAGAAAGGUGUUUACAUCAAUACUGACAUUCGAACAAGGUUCCGAUGAGAGAAACAAAAGAUCCAGGCACAAUGACACAGUUGACAAAAUGGAGGAACUUCUAUGUGAAGCUCCUGUUAUGCAUUCUCAAGAAAACUCAGUAAAAGUUAUUCCAUCAGCGUCUCCAAGGUGUCAGCACCAAAACACAGACUGCAGAUCGAUACAAGAUGAUGAUAAUCAACUGGAUUCGGCUGAGUACCUGCUGCAUAACACUGUCAGUGGCCAUUGGCAGAGUACUAAUAACCACAACCACUUUGAGAUUGAGGCAAGUGAACUUAGUUUUCUCCGUGUUUCUUGCGUAAAAUUGCUGAUAUAAGUGCAGUAGUGUACAAAAGUAAUUGAAUAAUUAUCUCCAUGUUCUAUGAAUCAUUAGCUACUGUACAGUAGCACGAGUCAUCAGCCACUGUACUAUGCAUUUUCCGCAAACAAUCUUAGCUUUUUGAAGUACCUUUUGACUCAGAUUCCUCUUAUAAAAACUCUCAUAUCAU